AUGUUCCGUCUCAGAUCUGGAAUGCAAAUGUUGGAGAUUGUAAGUAUUGAGAAGUCGUCAGUUCCAAUUAUAGAUGUUGGUCUAGAGACUAAUAAAGCUAGUGUUGCUGAUGUUGAUGUAGAUUCUGGUCAUAUCAAUCCACCCAAUAUCUCCUUGGCCCUAGAUUCCUUGAGAAG